AAGGUUCGGUUUGUGCAGGGAUCACACUGGUGUCUGUUUUGAGAAGUUACAUUAAAAGGAUAGCAAUUUACACAAAUAAUUGAGCUUGCAGUGCUCUUUCAUGUAAUAAAACUUAGACGGAAAGGACAAUUUAUUUUCUAUUUAACGUCAAUAAUUUAUUUUUUUUUUAUUUUUUUUUUGGAAAACACAGGAGACCACGUUUAUUCCAAACAUCUGCAUCAAGUUCCGUUUUUGAAGUAAUUUGAAAGUAAUACCUAUAAUCAUUAGCGUUUUCAGUAUCCCAACAAAUACUGCCUGAAAAGAAUGACUUCUCAAACCAGGAUUCUCAUUAAGGGAGGGAAAAUUGUAAAUGAUGACUGCUCCCGAAUUACUGACGUCUAUAUUGAAGAUGGCAUCAUUAAAGACGUUGGAUUAAACCUUCAAGUUCCAGGAGGUGUGAGGGUGAUUGACGCCACUGACAAAUUGGUGAUACCUGGUGGUAUUGACACCCACACUCACAUGGAACUGGCUUUCAUGGGAACCCAAGCAGUGGACGAUUUCUAUAUCGGAACCAAGGCAGCCCUUGCAGGAGGCACAACAAUGAUCUUAGACUUUGCAAUCCCUCAGAGGGGUGCGUCCCUUUUGGAGGCUUUUGAUAAGUGGAGGAGCUGUGCAGAUCCCAAAGCCUGCUGUGAUUAUUCUCUUCAUAUUGCUGUCACAUGGUGGAGUGAAAAGGUGAAAGAGGAUAUGGAGAUCCUUGUACAAGAAAAAGGCAUCAACUCAUUCAAAAUGUUUAUGGCUUAUAAAGAUGUCUUCAUGUUGAGAGAUCAUGAGCUGUAUGCUGCCUUUUCACAAUGUAAGGACAUUGGAGCCAUCGCUCAGGUGCAUGCAGAGAAUGGAGACCUGAUAGCUGAGGGUGCCAAGAAAAUGCUGGCUAUGGGGAUCACUGGACCAGAAGGACAUGAGCUGUGUCGCCCUGAAGAAGUAGAGGCAGAAGCUACCCAGCGAGCCAUUACCAUAGCACAUUCUGUCAACUGUCCGCUCUACGUGGUUCAUGUGAUGAGCAAGUCUGCAGCUAAAGUAGUUGCUAAUUCACGUAGAGAAGGUAAGGUUGUAUUUGGUGAGCCCAUUGCUGCAGGCCUUGGAACAGAUGGCACUAAUUACUGGAAUAAAGACUGGGCUCAUGCAGCAAAGUUCGUCAUGGGACCACCACUGAGGCCAGACCCCUCCACACCAGGAUACCUCAUGGACCUACUUGCCAAUGAUGAUCUCAGUGUGACUGGAACUGACAACUGCACCUUCAGUACCUGCCAGAAAGCUCUGGGAAAGGAUGACUUCACCAAAAUCCCUAAUGGAGUGAACGGAGUGGAAGACCGGAUGUCUGUUAUAUGGGAGAAAGGAGUGUACAGCGGAAAAAUGGAUGAAAAUAGAUUUGUAGCCGUCACCAGCACCAACGCAGCAAAGAUUUUUAACCUUUAUCCCAGGAAAGGAACAAUUGCCAAAGGCUCGGAUGCAGAUAUUGUUGUGUGGGACCCCAUUGCUACAAGGACUAUUUCUGCUAAAACUCACCACCAGGCAGUUGAUUAUAAUAUAUUUGAAGGCAUGGUGUGCCACGGAGUGCCGGUGGUGACGAUUUCUCGAGGGCGGGUAGUCUAUGAAGACGGAGUGCUGCAUGCCAGUCCUGGAGAAGGGAGGUACAUCCCACGCAAACCCUUUUCGGAAUUUGUGUACAAGCGUAUUCAACAAAGAGACAUGGUGAGCCAGCCCAAGCCUGUAGAAAGAGAGCCAUAUAAGGGGGAAGUCUUCUCCCUGGCUGCAAAGAACGGAACCUCACGGCCUGGGGGCAGAGGCUUACACCAGUCAACAUUUACACUUUCAGGUGAUGCUGUCGAAGGCAGUCCCAGCCCACCGCAUUCAUCCAAGAGAGUGAUGGCGCCCCCUGGUGGCAAGUCAAGCAUUGUUUUCUAAACUGACUGACUGGGACAACUGCACCCUUUUAGGACCUUGGGAAAUUUACAGAGAAAUUGAAUGAGACCUGCUCAUGUGCGAUUUAACUCAGAAACCAAAAAAAAAAAUGAAACGAUCAACCCAAUUUAUUAGCAAACAUAUAUGGCAUUAUUAAUACACACAAAACAUGUUAAAGGGUGCUGGGCACUUUUAACAUCUAUUGCUUUAAACUUACAUCUCUUCUUUCAGUUCUGUUGCAUUCCACAACUGAAUAUUUUCUCCAGGAAACCGCAAUCUAAUAUUGAAUACUACUGUAUCUUAAAAUUUCACAGACCUCGAUUAGCACUAAUGGUUGACCAUCAAAUGUAGCACUGUCCAUUAAUCAAAGUCUAUGAAAAUCCCCUAGUUUUCACUAUUUCUUUUUUUUUUUUUUUUUAGAAUUGUCCAUUAAUUCACGUGUUAAUAAGUGAAUUAUACUUUUGCACAGUUUAAUCAGAGCCCUGCUGUGGUAAUACACCCAGGACUGAAUUGCAGGUGAGUUUGUUCGUAUCAAGUCCACCAUACAUUUCUCAAGGCCCAAGCUGUAGUUCAAGAAAGAGAUUAUCUAACUUGAAACUUUAUGUUAAUGGCACUAUAAAUAUAGUGCCUUAAAUAAAAUGUUUCAAAUGUAUUUGUCAUGUUUAAUGUGUUAGCUUUGUAAAAAUACAUCAUGUGGUUGAAACACUACAAAAACUGAUACAAUAAAGUUGAUACAAUAAAGUUUUAAUUACAAAAUCAAAUAAA